AUGGUGUUCAUCUCGCUGGAAGACGUCGUCGGUGCGAGCGAUUUCGCCGCUGCAGCGAAGCAGUCGGCCCAGUUCGAACUGCCCAAGCCGACCACCAGCGUCGUGGUGACCCCGGGCUCUCCGGCGAAGCAGCAGAACACGCCCCUCGCCCGCGCAGGAUUCUUCCACUUGGCCUCGACGCAGCGGGCGUCUUCGUCGCAGCUAUUCUUCGUUCUCUACGUCUCGGACAGCGUCAUGCGCCAGAAGUGGGUGCUCAGCAAAACCUCAGCCGACCACGCGCAACUCCGCAAAGGCAUCCGUCGCAUCGGGAGCAGCGGAUGCAAGGACUCGGAGUGCUGCGGCGCAUUGCGGCGACUCAUCAAGGGCACUCCAAACCUCAGCACACGCCGGGUAUGGAGCUCGAGCAGCACCGGCACUCAGUACGACCAGUGCAGCGCCUUCCAGGCGUUCGUGAACGAUUUGGUGCACGCUGUCCUCACGCGCGACACCUCUUGCGAGAACAUGCAGCGGACGCGCCACCUUCUGGAGGACUUCCUGGAGAUCGCUCACCACCGCGCGAUCGCGGUGGACCGAGUGCUAUACCAUGAGAAUCCAGCCUCGCCACCGACGCCAGUGGCCCUGGAGUCCUGCCAAGCUGGACAAGACUGCGGGGGUGCGAGCGACGACAGUUCGGAGUGCCCGAUCUGCUGCGGAGAUCUGGCCGACGACCAAACGCUGCGACUUCCGUGCGGUCACAACUACCACGCUGGGUGCGUGCGCGUGUGGUUGAACCUUCAGCACACGUGCCCAGUGUGUCGUCUUGACAUGAGCGCCAUCUCGUGCUAG